AUGUCACGACAGUUUUGGUCUCCACAGACGCGGGGUGAUGAUCACCGCAGAGCCUCAUCGGCUUUCACACACACCUCGAUUUGCAAUGCUCCAAGAACUACUUCAACAACCCAGGACUCUCAACCCUUUCUACAGCAGCACGCAAUUAGGAACCCAUCGUUUAAAAUGGCACCUAUUUACAAAAUCGCCCUCAUCCAGUUCCAGCCAAAGGAUGUGUCCCCCUCGGAGAACUUUUCCCUCUCGGCCUCGUACAUCCGCAAGGCAGCCUCCCAAGGGGCCCAGCUGGCUGUUCUGCCCGAGUAUCACCUCACCUCUUGGUGCCCCUCCCACCCAGACUUUCUCUCCUCCUGCGUGGAGUCUUGCUCUUACCUCUCUCAGUACCAAUCAUUGGCGAAGGAACUCAAAAUUGAUAUCGUUCCUGGAACCAUCUGCGAGGUCCACCCUUCGCUUUCGGCUGAGGAGGUCACUGCUACUUCUAGCACCGGCAAAGAUGAAGAACGACGGGUGGAGGUGAGGAACAUGGCUUACUUCAUCUCGGGGUUGACAGGGGAGGUAGUGGGACGGUAUCAAAAGCGGAAUCUGUGGCACCCCGAACGGGAGCAUUUGACUGCCUGGGGGAAGGAGGGGGGUCGACACAGGGGGUUUGAUAUCCCUGGGUUGACGUUCCCUGACGGAACCCCGGUGAGGGGAGGGAUGUUGAUUUGUUGGGAUAUGGUUUUCCCGGAGGGGUUUAGGGAGUUGAUUGGGGAUGGGGUGGAACUGGUUGUUAUACCUAGUUUUUGGUUGGUGACGGAAGAUUUUGGGGAGGGGGAUGAAGGAGAAAGGGAGAGGGCGAGGAGGGGGGAGGAGGAGUUUUUACGGGGGGUGGUGGUUACGAGGGCGUUUGAGAAUACGGCUGCGGUUGUGUUUGUUAAUGCUGGGGGUUUGAGUCAGGUUGGGUUGCCGGGGGUUGGGAAUCAGGGGGGCGUAAUGGGGGUUGAGACGGAGGAGAUGAGGGUUGUGGAGGUUGAUCUUGGACGGGGGAGGGGGUUGGAGAGGAGGUAUAAGAUUAGGGAGGAUAUGAGGGGGGUGGAGUGGGGGUAUGGGGUUUAUCAUGGGGAGGAGAGGAAGGGGGGCGGUCGUUAG